GUGUGUGUGCAGGAGAGGAGUCGAGCAGAGAGAGCUGCUUUUUCAUGAAACAGGAGUAAAGUAGUGAACUUACAGGAACAUAUACCACUACCAAUGUUUGGAUCGAUAUCUGCAUCGAUCUGCACACCCUUGUCUCCUGGAUUGAAGCUGAGAUCAGCGUGAACCACGUGGGUCUCUGCUCCCUGAUCUGUUUGGAAAGACUUCCAGCUUCAUCGCGGAGUUUCUCUCUGUUUGUGGGCUCAUCUAAAGCUGAGUAACAGGAGGAGAAGAGUCUGGUGGUGCAGCAGAAGAACAAUUUCAGCCAUUUGGACUCAGCUCAGCCACUACAGAGAAAACAAUGACUUCAACACAAAAAGACCAACAUGGAGCGAGAAGUCAGCGCUCUCAGGAGGCCGACAAACCUCACAGAAGAAAGCGAGAGAAAACCUACAGCUGUGAUGAGUGUGGGAAGGAUUUUACCCAGGCUGGACACUUAAAAGCUCACCAACUCACCCACAGUGGAGUCAAACCUUACACCUCUGACUUGUGUGGAAAGUCUUUUACCCAGGCUGAAACCUUAAAAACACACCGAGUCAUCCACAGUAGAGUUAAAGGUUACACCUGUGACUUGUGUGGAAAGUCUUUUACCCAGGCUGGAAGCUUAAAAAAACACCAACUCAUCCACAGUGGAGUUAAAGCUUACAGCUGUGAAUUGUGUGGAAAGUCUUUUACCCUGGCUGGAAACUUAAAAAUACACCAACUUAUCCACAGUGGAGUUAAACCUUACAGCUGUGAGUUGUGUGGAAAGUCUUUUACCCAGGCUGGAAGCUUAAAAAAACACCAACUCAUCCACAGUGGAGUUAAAGCUUACAGCUGUGAGUUGUGUGGAAAGUCUUUUACCCAGGCUGGAAGCUUAAAAAAACACCAACUCAUCCACAGUGGAGUUAAAGCUUACAGCUGUGAGUUGUGUGGAAAGUCUUUUACCCUGGCUCAAAGCCUAAAAACACACCAAGUCUUACACAGUGGAGUUAAACCUUACAGCUGUGAGUUGUGUGGAAAGUCUUUUACCCAGGCUGCACACUUAGAAUCUCACCAACUCAUCCACAGUGGAUUUAAACCUUACAGCUGUGAGUUGUGUGGAAAGUCUUUUACCCAGGCUGGCGGCUUAAAAAGACACCAACUCAUCCACAGUGGAGUUAAACCUUACAACUGUGACCUGUGUGGAAAGCCUUUUACCCUGGCUCAAAGCCUAAAAACUCACCAACUAAUCCACAGUGGAGUUAAAGCUUACAGCUGUGAGUUGUGUGGAAAGUCUUUUACCCAGGCUGGAGACUUCAAAAGACACCAACUCAUCCACAGUGGAGUUAAACCUUACAGCUGUGACUUGUGUGGAAAGUCUUUUCAAUAUCCACAUCAGCUGAAAAAACACCAACAGAUCCACACCAGAAAGUAACUCUACAAGUGCAGUUACUGUGAGGCGACAUUGACGAUAAAAAUGUUGAAGGAAUUCCCUGACUUACACGGUCUUUGUUUAGAAGUGGAGCAGAGCACAAGGAUUCAGUUCUCAACCCUGUCGUCACUGUGGUGGUGGGAAAGAGUUUCUCUGUGACCUUUGCAGAAAACCUUCAAUCAUGAACAGGACCUAAAACCUCAUCAACAUAGACACACUGGAGACAAAAUGAACGACUGCAAAGAAUGUGGGAGAGGCUUCCACACACCAAGUACAUUAAAAAUACAUGAACCCUUCCACAGUGGGGUCAAAAAGCACAUCUGUGACGAGUGUGGGUCAUCCUUCACCACUGCACAUGAGCUCAAUGAAAAAGCACAAGGGAAUCCACACAGGAGAGACACCAUACAAGUGCAGACACAAACGAUUCCACACUGUAAAUAAACUGUUUCACUGUUACCAAUGUGCAAAAACAUUCACUUCAUUAUCUGCUCUGUGCAAACAUCAGCCUGAUCAUGCAGGACUGAAAUCACUGGAUCACAAUGAAUCUGAAGAGAGAGAAAGAUCCUCUUCUGGUUUCUGGUUUCCUUCAUUCAUAUUUAUUCUUUUGCUGUGGUAAUCCCUUCUCUUAAAUCAUUUUCUCCCAAAACUGCAAUUAUUUUCACAGCAGUUGCUCUUAAAACUUCCCAAAUGAACUAAAUCUGUCCACCAGCUUUGAAACAACACCUGCUGUGACUUUAUGUCCAGAAAGAAGAAACUCAAGCUAAACUGGUUUUGGGCUGUACUUCCAUAUAAUUCCAGUUUGUACCAGAAGAUGAAGCAGUGAGUCAGUGUAACCUUUAUUUAAUUGGGCAAAGAAUACAUUCGUAUUCACAGUGGCAGCAAAGUAAUGUUGAAAGGUAAAAACAGCAGCACACAUCAGGACCAUUUUAAAGAUCACAGGUGACUUUUACUUAAUUCAAAUUCCUUCAAAUUUUGGCUCCUCCUUUCACUUUAGUGUAUUUACUGUAUCCUUGAAGUCCACGUGUUGUUUAUUAAUGAAUUCAUUUUGAUCCACAUGUUCUGCAGCUGUUUUCCUGUUGAUUUGAAGUUUGUAUUAUGAAAUCCUGAUAAUGUUAAAGCGUUAGUUAUAUUUGAUGAACUCUGUGUAACGUUUGUCUUAUUAAACAGUUUGGUGUGAAAAAUGAAGAAUUGGUCUCACAACAAGUAGUUUGAGCCAUGAUUUCAGAUUCAAACUAAUUAAACUGUUUUCAGUGGUACAUGUGGAGGUUUAUCAGAGGAGGAGACUUGGCUGUUCUCCACUCACACAGAACAGGGUUCCUGCAGCUCAUUAAAAACUCUGAAAUGAUCUUCAAGGAUAAAAAUAUGUGAUUUUUCUCAAAAACGUGCUGUGGGCAUGACGUUUUUAGAGAGUGUGUUUAAGAUGCAUUGUGACUAACAUCUCACACAUUACAAUAAAGCAGAUGUUCCUGCAUUGCAACCGCGCUUUGCAGAUGUGUUCUCCCCCCUGUCCGUGUGCACGACUCUCAUGGAGCACCACUUUGAAACGCAGCUGAUUG